AUGAAGUGCAUCGCAGCUGUAGUCAUGAUCGCCUUUGUUGCCGGCGCAUCAGCUCACGUUUCUCCCUUAGUUUACUCCGCAUCUCCAGUAGCUUAUCAUGCUGCUCCUUUGACAUAUGCUUCCAGCUUAUGCAAAUACGAACCUAUUACUCAAUUCUCAUCCAUUCCUGAAUCCAAAAUUGUUGCAACUUAUGCUGCUCAAGCUCCCGUUAUUGCUUAUAGUGCUCCAACUGUUUACCAAGCAGCUCCUCAAGUUGCCUACCAUUCUGAACCUGCUCAUUAUACUAAAUACGUUGCUGCUCCUGAAGUUUACUCCGCUAAAGUAGUUGCUCCUGAAGUUUACUCCGCUAAAGUAGUUGCUCCUGCUCCUGCUCCAUUGGCUUAUACCACGAAAGUUGUUGCUGCUCCAGUUGCUUAUGAAGCUGCCAAAGUUGUCGCUGCUCCAGUUGCUUAUGAAGCUACUAAAUAUGUCUCUGCUCCCAUUGCUCACAUUGAAGUCGAAGGAGAAGCUAAAUACACUGCCAUCAAUCGCGGCGCUGUUCAUGAAGCUCCUCUCCCUGGACACAAAUUGUCUCAAACUUCAUUGAACUUGGCUCCUGCUGCUAAGUAA